AUGGCGAACAACGCGAAUUUACCGCUCCCCAUCAAGUUCACAGAACUGGUCAAUUUGACCAAUGUCGGCAUUGCGCCGGCAUCGGUGGGCUUCACGUCAUGUACCCUAGAAUCCGAUAACUACAUCUGUGUUCGACAGAAGCUGGACGAAGACGAGAAGCCUCAAGUGAUCAUCGUUGACCUAAAGAACAACAAUGAGGUCAUGCGCCGACCAAUCAACGCCGACAGUGCGAUUAUGCACUGGAACAAGAACAUUAUCGCCCUCAAGGCCCAAGGCCGCACAAUUCAGAUCUUUGACCUCGGUGCGAAGUCGAAACUCAAGUCAGCAGUGAUGAAUGAGGAUAUUGUGUACUGGAAGUGGUUCAGCGAGAAGUCCCUGGGUCUGGUUACCGACACCUCCGUGUACCACUGGGAUGUCUACGAUGCCACUCAGCAGAGCCCUGUGAAGAUGUUCGACCGACUUCCUAACCUAACUGGCUGCCAAAUUAUCAACUACCGCGUGAAUUCCGAGGAAAAAUGGAUGGUUGUUGUGGGUAUUAGCCAACAGCAGGGUCGUGUUGUCGGUUCCAUGCAACUUUACUCUAAGGAACGUGGUAUCUCGCAAUUUAUCGAAGGUCAUGCUGCUUCUUUCGCCUCCAUUAAUGUCGAGGGUUCUCCCUUACCCCACCACCUCUUCUCCUUCGCCGUUCGAACUUCGACUGGCGCCGCCAAACUUCAGAUUGCCGAGAUCGAUCACCAAGAACCCAACCCACGAUUCCAGAAGAAGGCUGUGGAUGUGCAUUUCCCCACCGAGGCUGUCAAUGACUUCCCUGUGGCAAUGCAAGUGUCUACGAAAUACGAUAUCGUCUACAUGGUGACCAAGUACGGCUUCAUUCACUUGUAUGACCUUGAGACUGGUACCUGCAUCUUCAUGAACCGUAUCUCUAGCGAGACUAUCUUCACGACCGCCCCGGAUUCCGAGGGCGCUGGUAUCGUUGGUGUCAACCGCAAGGGCCAGGUUUUGUCUGUUAGCGUUGACGAGAACACAAUCAUCAGUUACAUGACAGGAUCCGUGGGAUUGGCACCUAUCGCUGUCAAGCUCGCUUCAAAGGCUGGUCUUCCUGGAGUUGACCACAUCUUCCAAACCCAAUUCGACAAGUUCAUCAAUGAUGGCGACUUUGGUGAGGCUGCUAAGGUUGCCGCUAACUCUCCUCGUGGAUUCCUUCGUACUACUGAAACCAUCAACCGUUUCAAGAACGCCCCCCCAGACCGGUCAAAUUACUUCGGUAUGCUUCUGGACAAGGGAUCCCUUAAUCGGUACGAGAGUGUGGAGCUUGUUCGACCUGUGCUGCAGCAAAACCGCAAGCACUUGCUGGAGAAGUGGAUGCGUGAAAAAAAGCUUGAGUGUUCCGAGGAGCUUGGAGACAUUAUCCGCCCCUACGACAUGCCUCUGGCCCUGACUGUGUAUCUCCAGGCCAACGUACCCCACAAGGUCGUUGCUGGUUUUGCUGAGACUGGUCAAUUCGACAAGAUUCUGACCUACUCCAAGCAAGCAGGCUACCAACCAGAUUACAUUCAGCUCCUUCAGCAUAUCGUGCGUGUUAACCCUCAGAAGGGUCUUGAGUUCGCUACUUCGUUGGCCAAUGAGGAGUCUGGUGCUCUCUUGGAUCUGGACCGCGUUGUGGAUGUGUUCCUUUCCCAGAACAUGAUCCAGGAGACUACAUCUUUCCUCCUUGAUGCUUUGAAGGACAACAAGCCCGAGCAAGGUCAAUUGCAGACCCGCCUCCUGGAGAUGAACCUUGUCAAUGCUCCCCAGGUUGCAGAUGCGAUCCUUGGUAAUGAGAUCUUUACUCACUUUGACCGCGCUCGUGUUGCCCAGCUUUGCGAGAAUGCUGGUCUCAUUCAGCGUGCUCUUGAAAACUCCGAUGAUCCCGCUGUCAUCAAGCGCAACAUUGUCCGCACCGACAAGCUGAGCAAUGAGUGGUUGAUGAGCUACUUCGGUCGUUUGUCUGUGGAACAGACCCUCGAGUGCAUGGACACGAUGCUGGAGGUUAACAUUCGCCAGAAUCUGCAGGCAGUCGUUCAAAUCGCCACCAAGUUUUCCGAUCUUCUGGGUGCUAACCGCCUCAUCGAUCUGCUUGAGAAGUACCGCACUGCUGAAGGUCUCUACUACUACUUGGGAAGUAUUGUCAACCUUAGCGAGGACUCCGAGGUGCACUUCAAGUACAUCGAAGCCGCCACUGCUAUGAACCAGCUUACUGAGGUUGAGCGUAUUUGCCGUGAGAGCAACUACUACAACCCCGAGAAGGUGAAGAACUUCCUGAAGGAGGCUCACUUGACUGAGCAGCUUCCUCUUAUCAUUGUCUGCGACCGUUUUGACUUCAUUCACGACCUGGUCCUCUACCUUUACCAGAACCAGCAAUUCAAGUCUAUCGAGGUCUAUGUUCAACGUGUCAACCCGUCUCGUGCCCCCGCUGUCGUUGGUGGUCUCCUGGAUGUUGACUGCGAUGAGAGCAUUAUCAAGAACCUUCUUUCUACCGUGUCACCUGAAUCCAUCCCUAUGGACCAGCUGGUUUCUGAAGUUGAGAGCCGCAACCGUCUCAAGCUGCUUCUGCCCUUCCUCGAGGCCACUCUUGCUGCUGGCAAUCAACAGCAGGCAGUCUACAACGCCCUCGCUAAGAUUUACAUUGACAGCAACAACAACCCCGAGAAGUUCCUCAAGGAAAAUGACCUCUACGAUACUCAGAUUGUUGGAAAGUACUGCGAGAAGCGCGACCCUAACCUUGCGUACAUUGCCUAUCGUAAGGGCCAGAACGACUUGGAGCUCAUCAACAUCACCAACGAGAACUCUAUGUACCGUGCUCAGGCCCGCUACCUGGUUGAGCGUGCCGAUGCGGAGGUCUGGAGCUUUGUUCUGAGUGAAAACAACAUUCACCGCCGCUCUCUUGUUGACCAAGUCGUCGCUACCGCCGUGCCUGAAUCCACUGAUCCCGACAAUGUCUCCGUGGCUGUCAAGUGUUUCCUCGAGGCUGAUCUCCCUGGUGAGCUGAUUGAGCUGCUGGAGAAGAUUAUCCUCGAGCCCUCUCCCUUCAGCGACAACGCAAGCUUGCAGAACUUGCUGAUGUUGACUGCUGCCAAAGCCGACAAGGGACGUUUGAUGGAUUACAUCCACCAGCUCAACGAGUUCGCUGCCGAUGACAUCGCUGAGAUGUGUAUCAGCGUUGGAUUGUACGAAGAGGCCUUUGAGAUCUACAAGAAGGUUAACAACUACCUCGCUGCCGUCAACGUCCUCGUCGAGAACAUCGUCAGUAUCGACCGUGCCCAAGAAUUUGCCGAGCGCUAUGAACUUCCCGAGGUGUGGAGCAAGGUUGCCAAGGCCCAGCUCGAUGGUCUCCGUGUCACCGACUCAAUUGAGUCGUACAUUCGUGCCAAUGACCCAUCCAACUACCACGAGGUCAUCGAGACUGCUACCCACGCUGGUAAGGAUGAGGACCUCGUCAAGUUCCUCCGCAUGGCCCGCAAGACUCUCCGCGAGCCCGCCAUCGAUACUGCUCUUGCCUUCUCCUUUGCCCGUCUGGAUCAGCUUGCAGAGCUUGAGGACUUCCUCCGUUCCACCAAUGUUGCCGAUAUUGAGACAUCUGGUGACAAGGCUUACGAGGAGGGCUACCACCAGGCUGCCAAGAUCUUCUACACCAGUAUCUCGAACUGGGCCAAGCUUGCUACCACCUUGGUUCACCUUGCGGAGUACCAAGCUGCUGUUGAGUGUGCUCGCAAGGCCAACAGUGUCAAGGUCUGGAAGCAGGUCAAUGAGGCUUGCGUUGACAAGAAGGAAUUCCGUCUUGCUCAGAUUUGCGGUCUCAACUUGAUCGUCCACGCUGAGGAGCUGCAGGCUCUUGUUCGCCAGUAUGAGCGCAAUGGUUACUUUGAUGAGCUUAUCUCAGUCCUGGAAGCCGGUCUUGGUCUGGAGCGUGCCCACAUGGGUAUGUUCACUGAGCUCGGUAUUGCUUUGACUAAGUACCACCCCGACCGUGUGAUGGAGCACCUCAAGCUCUUCUGGUCUCGCAUCAAUAUCCCCAAGAUGAUCCGUGCCUGCGAGGAUGCCAACCUGUGGCCCGAGCUGGUCUUCCUUUACUGCCAUUACGACGAGUGGGACAACGCUGCUCUGGCUAUGAUGGAGCGUGCCGCUGAUGCUUGGGAGCACCACUCCUUCAAGGACAUUGUUGUCAAGGUUGCCAACUUGGAGAUCUACUACCGCGCCCUGAACUUCUACCUGCAGGAACAACCCCUUCUCCUCACCGAUCUUCUCCAGGCUCUGACUCCUCGCAUUGAUGUGAACCGUGUUGUGCGUCUCUUCCAGGGCUCCGACAACAUCCCACUGAUCAAGCCCUUCCUCCUCAAUGUUCAGACCCAGAACAAGCGAGCUGUCAAUGACGCCAUUAACGAGCUCCUGAUUGAGGAGGAGGACUACAAGACUCUCCGUGACUCCGUGGAUAACUACGACAACUUCGAUGCCGUGGAUCUCGCCCAGCGUCUCGAGAAGCACGAUUUGAUCUUCUUCCGCCAGAUUGCGGCCAACAUCUACCGCAACAACAAGCGCUGGGAGAAGUCGAUUGCCCUGUCGAAGCAAGACAAGCUUUACAAGGAUGCUAUUGAGACCUCUGCUAUCUCUGCUAAGUCCGAUGUUGUUGAGGAUCUCCUUCGCUACUUUGUGGACAUUGGUAGCCGUGAGUGCUACGUCGGUAUGCUGUAUGCCUGCUACGAUCUCAUUCGCCCUGAUGUUAUCAUGGAGAUCUCAUGGCGUAAGGGUCUGCAUGACUUCACCAUGCCAUUCAUGAUUAACUUCCUGUGCGAGCAGACCCGCACCAUUGAGAUGCUUAAGAAGGACAACGAGGAGCGCAAGUCUCGAGAGACAACACAGAAGACCGAGGAGGACAACACACCCAUCCUUGGUGGCUCUCGACUGAUGCUGACUCAAGGCCCUGCCCCGUCAGCCAGUCCUAUGCCGUACGGACAGCAAGCCAACGGGAUCACCCCGCAGGCUACCGGCUACCGUGCUUUCUAG